CCGUUCUUCUUCAAACGAACACAAACACUACACUAAACAAAACAACCACAAUGACCAACAGUAACAGAUCACCCCUGCCCUUCCUCUUCACCACCCUCCUCUCUCUCCUCCUCCUCCUCUCCGCCACAGCCUACGGCCGCCACGUCACCGACCGUCCAUCAUCAGAUCUGGUUUCCGACGGAGUCCAUGACGGUUUCCAGGCUCCGCCGCUCCUCCUCCUCCCCCUCAACCAGUUCCGAGCAUCGGACUCCUGCGAUCAAACCUACGGAUUCAUGCCCUGCACCACAACCGUACUCGGAAACCUCUUCCUCAUCAUCGUCUACGGAUACCUAAUGUUCCUCGCCGCCACGUACCUCUCCAAUGGCAGCGAGCUCUUGCUGGAGAUUCUAGGUCCUGGAAUCGUCGGCGGUCUCUUUCUUCCCAUUCUCGGCGCUCUUCCCGAAGCUAUGCUUAUUCUCGUAUCUGGACUCUCUGGAACUACAGAAACAGCUCAAAGUCAGGUCUCAGUUGGAAUGGGCUUGCUAGCUGGGUCUACAGUCAUGCUCCUAACUGUAAUAUGGGGAACUUGUGUUAUUGUCGGCAAGUGUGACCUGCACGAUUCAAUUGCAAUAGAUGGAAAAGAUACAAAGAAAUUUAGCUUAACUAGUUCUGGUGUCACUACUGACAUCUGGACUAGCUAUGCUGCAAGGAUCAUGGCUAUAUCUGUAAUACCAUUUCUUGUUGUCCAGAUACCACAAAUUAUGAAUUCAACUUCAGGAAGACACUUGGCAGUCUUGAUUGCACUUAUUGUCUCUGUCUGUAUGCUGAUUUCAUAUUGUCUUUAUCAGGUUUUUCAGCCAUGGAUCCAGAGGAGAAGACUUGCUUAUGCGAAGCAUAAGCAUGUAAUAUCAGGAUUUCUGAAAUAUCUAAGGAUGCGUGCACUGGGAAGGUUCAUCAAGGACAAUGGCGAGCUUAAUACUGAAAUUGUAGAAAAGCUAUUUCACACAAUUGACGGGGAUAAGGAUGGAUUUGUUUCAGAACCUGAAUUGAAAGCUUUGAUCUUAGGAAUGCGGCUUGAUGAGAUUAACUUUGAUCAGGAUGAUGCUGUGAGGAAAGUGAUGAACGAUUUUGAUACUUCUAAUGAUUAUAAAAUUGAUUUGCGUGAGUUCAUCGAUGGAAUCUCAAAAUGGCUUGAUGAGGCGAAGCAGGCUGGUGCUCCUUCUCGUGAGGCUGGUACUGCCACGAUGAAAUAUCUUGAUGACUUCCACAAGCAAACAAAGAGAGAACACUAUCUUUUAGGGGAUCAAAGCGGGGAUCAAAGUGUGGAUCAAAGUGACGAAGUCUUAGAGGGUGUUGAAAAUCCCAAGUGGACCUCUCUUAAAGCUGUGUUGAUGUUGGUAGUGGGGACUGUCAUCGCAGCUGCAUUUGCUGAUCCUUUGGUAGAUGCUGUUGAUAAUUUCUCCGAUGCCACAAGCAUUCCAUCUUUCUUCAUCUCAUUUAUUGCGCUGCCUUUGGCUACCAACUCUAGCGAGGCAGUAUCGGCUAUUAUCUUUGCCAGCCGGAAAAGGAUGAGAUCAGCCUCAUUAACAUUUUCCGAGUUAUAUGGGGCAGUAACCAUGAACAACGUCCUUUGCUUGUCGGUUUUCUUAGCUUUGGUUUAUGUCCGAGGAUUGACGUGGGACUUCUCAGCGGAAGUUCUGGUUAUUUUAGUUGUUUGCCUCGUGAUGGGUGCAUUUGCUAGCUUCCGAACCACCUUCCCUCUUUGGACAGCUUUAGUGGCGUUCUGCCUCUAUCCGUUCUCCCUGGCACUCGUGUAUGUUCUUGACUAUGUUCUUGGCUGGUCAUAGAGAGAUUCAUAGAGGUUGGUACUUUCAGCCGAUUGAGUAAUCAAUCGUGGUUUCUUACCUUUGAAACUUAUCUGCUGUUUUUUUUUUUUUUUUCCCUGUUAGUUUGUAAAUCUGAGUAUUUGUCACAUUAGUGACUUUGAAAUGUCUAGAACUAUGGCAUGGCUAUUUUCGGGAUAUAUAGAAAGCCAUGAUGAUGUUGCAUUCCAUCUUGUGUAUCAUUCAUGUGCAAGCUUGAUAUUGUAGUUUGUCUGUUAUAUGUGUGUGAAUUUUAAUUGGAUAAUUUGAUUAUGAAU